UUAGAGAGGUUGUGGUUCUGAUUGGUCAGUCCAAAGGAGGUGGAGCGAACUGAGCGGAAUAAGGAAUGGAAUGGCGAAAAGGAAAGUCAAUCAGACUCCGAGUCCCGCCUUCUGAGGUUGGCGAGUAACCUAGCAACGCAGGCACCUAAGUGGUAAUCACUUAGUAGAAAAACUGAAGCCCUUGGAGCAGUGUCAGAAGCGUUUUCCCCAAUCCUAGUUCCACCGGCUUUCUCUUGUUCAGCCAAAUGAGCUGUCAGGAACUGAUGGGCAUCAUCGUAAUCAAAGCAAACAAGUUUGCCCUUUAAAGCAAAAGAGGGCUGCCAGGGAUGAUAAAAGCAGGAGGCCCAGAGAGCCUACCGAAGUCUCCAUCUCUGAGGGCGUACAAAGGCGGAGAAAGCUGCUCAUAAAAUGGCUCUGGACAUCCUCGCUGUGGCCCCUCUCUACCAAGGCCCUGACAUAAACAAAAUCAGGCUGAUGGCAGAGACGACCAAGAAGUCCACCACCCCGCCCAAACCCUUGACCCCCUCUAGGACCAAACUCACCACCAUUGAGACCAAGAGGAUCAUGUCCGUUCUGGAUGAGACCAUUCACAAGGUGGAGUUGGUGACCCUGCUGUCAAACGUGGCAUCCAGUUCCCAGAGUCUGGAGGGGAUGCUGGGGGAGGAUAUCAUGAAGGCAGUGAGGGAACACGUGGACCUCUGCCAGACCCUCUUGGAUCACGUCAAUUACCUUCAGGAGGAAGAGCAGCGAUUGCAGGAGGAAGAAGGGUUCGAGGAUGAGCCAUGGUUCCGAGACCUUGUCUUCUCCAUAGAGCUCCAGAAAUCCCGCCUCCCUCCGCUUAGGCAACAGAUCAGAGAAUCCACCAAGAAUGUCUUGAGGCUCCUGCUCAGGAACCCCCAGGCGGCCAGUCUCUUGCAGGUGCAGUCCCUGGGCAGAAGUGAGGAAGCCCAGAGUUUUAUUGACAGUCUGGUAGAACUCCGAGGUUUCCUGUUUGAGAAGCUACUCACUAGUCCCAUGGAAGCCAGAGACAAGACUCAGUUCAUCCAGGACAUCACCAGACGGAAUCGGAGGAACCAAGAAAUCAUCGACACUCUGGAAAAUGAAUUGGCAGCCUGCAUGAGGAACAGGGAUGCAGAGGUGGAGAAGGAGAACUUUGUGGUCCAAGAACUGAAAAAUCACCUGCACCAGGUGCUCAAGUUCUCGGAGAAUAGCCUCCUCCGCACCAAGCAGGAGGCCGAGAAACAGCAGAAGGCGGACUUCCGGGCGUCGCAGGCCAGGGUGGCUAAGAUCCAGCAGGAGAUCCUGCUGCUGCGGUCACAGUUCCACAACCUGGUCAUGGAGAACCGGGAGGCAGAGCAGGCGCUGAGGAAGAAAAAAUAUAAAGUGGAAACAGAAAUUGAGAACUGGAUCCAGAAAUACGAUUUGGAGAUGAGUGAAAAGCAGGAUGAGUACGAGGAGCUGGACAUCAUCCACAAGGAGGAGAAGCUCCAGCUGGAGGAGCUGAAGCAACGGCACAGCGUGCUGGUGGAAGAGUUCUCCCAGAUCCAGGCUGAGAGGGAGAUCAAGGCCAAGGAGAGGCUGGAGGCCGAACAGGAGAUGGUGCGCAUGGUGCGGGCUGCCACGCUCAUCCAGGCCCUGUGGAAGGGCUACCUGGUCCGCUCCAUGCUCAGGUCCAAGAAGAAGAAGCGGAACAAGGGCAAAGUGAAGGACAAGGAGAAGGGCAAGGGCAAGGAGAAAGGCAAGGGCAAGGGCAAGGAGAAGGGCAAGGGCAAGGAGAAGGGUAAGGGCAAGAAGGGCAAGGGCAAGAAAUGAGUUGUCCCCCCACCCCCCACCGCCUUCCCUGGCAAGCCUGCCCAGACCCCCACACUCCCCAUGAUGUCACUUCUCCAGAGCUGGCCUGGAAACCCCUGGGAUGGGCAGUCCUGCGGUUCAUGGCUUUAAUGCUUUUCCACGAUUAAAAAUCACUUUAAACCACAACCUA